AUGGAGAAAAGGGUGUUUCUCCAGCAGCAGGAGCAGGGGGAGGUUCUCAGAGGCCAUAUCUGCUUCCAGACAGGUGUUUAUGCAGGCUGGAUUCAUGCUAAUUGUCUGUCUGUCUUGCAGAAUAAUGAUUUUCUCAGGAAUACAGUGCAUCGCCAUGAGCCACCUGUCACUGCCCAGCCUAUCCAGAUCUUGGUGGAGGAUGAUGAGGUGGUGGUUGUGGACAAACCCUCCUCUUUGCCAGUCCAUCCCUGCGGCAGGUUUCGUCACAACACGGUCAUCUUCAUCCUGGGCAAAGAGCAUGAUCUGAAGGAGUUGCAUACCAUUCACCGACUCGAUCGCAUGACCUCGGGGGUACUUAUGUUUGCCAAGACCACAGAGGUAUCCAAGAGGAUCGAUGAGCAGGUUCGGGAGAGACAGCUGGAAAAGGAGUAUGUCUGUCGUGUGGUGGGGGAGUUUCCAGAACAUGAAGUGGUCUGUGAAGAGCCCAUACUGGUGGUUUCUUACAAAGUGGGGGUGUGCCGUGUGGACCCCAAAGGGAAAUUCUGCAAAACCAUCUUCCAGAGACUCAGUUACAAUGGCAAGACCAGCGUAGUCAAGUGUCUUCCGCGCACUGGCCGCACACACCAGAUCCGGGUCCAUUUGCAGUAUUUGGGGCAUCCUAUUGUCAACGACCCCAUCUAUAACAUGGAAGCCUGGGGACCCGACAGGGGCAAAGGGGGCAAGAUCGAUAAAACGGAUGAAGAACUCCUUAAGGCGCUCGUAGAGGAGCAUCGUUCCAAACAGAGCCUGGAUGUCUUGGGUAUUUCGGAGGAGGACUUGAACUCCAAUGCUGAAAAUAAAGACUGUGGUAAUUCAAGUGACUGCGCAAAGUCUGUGCAGGCUGAUCCUAUAAAUGAGAGCUCCGGCCCUGCUGAGGACACUAAGGAUCCUGAGGGAAAUGAUGUAGCAACCUAAGAGAAGGACCCUUUAUGCGUGGAGUGUAAAAUGACAAGGCGGGACCCGUCUCCCAAGGAGCUGGUGAUGUACCUACACGCCUUGCGCUAUAAGGGAGCGGAGUUUGAGUAUUGCUCCAAGAUGCCCGAGUGGGCAAUGGAAGACUGGGAGGAGUGA